GUGUAUAUAGUAGUUCUUUGUUGGAGUUUUCUAUGUUUUUUUAUUUUGGAUUUUUCUUGUUAAAAUUUAGAGCUUCUUGUUGUUCAUGUUUUGAGAAAUGAACAAGAACCCAACAAAAAAAUCUGGUUUUCUUGUGUUCAGGAUGAUGAUGAACAGAGAGAUGAUAUUUCAUCAACAACAACAACAAGUGGAAGAGAACAUGUCGAAUCUAACAUCUGCUUCAGGAGAUCAAGCAAGUGUGUCUUCCGGAAACAGAACUGAAACUAGUGGCUCUAACCUUAUUCACCAACAAGAACAGUGUUUUGUUCCUCAAUCAUCUAUCAAGAGGAAGAGAAAUCAACCAGGAAAUCCAGACCCUGAAGCAGAAGUGAUGGCUUUAUCACCAAAAACACUAAUGGCGACAAACAGAUUCAUAUGUGAGGUCUGCAACAAAGGUUUUCAAAGAGACCAGAACUUGCAACUCCACAAGAGAGGACACAAUCUACCGUGGAAGCUUAAGCAAAGAUCAAACAAAGACGUGGUUAGGAAGAAAGUUUACAUCUGUCCAGAGCCAGGCUGUGUCCAUAACCAUCCCUCGAGAGCUCUCGGAGACUUGACCGGAAUCAAGAAGCAUUUCUUCAGAAAACAUGGCGAGAAAAAAUGGAAAUGUGAAAAGUGCUCGAAGAAAUAUGCUGUUCAAUCAGAUUGGAAAGCUCAUGCUAAGACUUGUGGCACUAAAGAAUACAAAUGCGACUGUGGAACUCUCUUUUCUAGGAGGGAUAGUUUCAUAACUCAUAGAGCAUUUUGCGAUGCGUUAGCAGAAGAGAGUGCAAGAGCCAUACCAAACCCUAUUCUCAUACAAUCUUCAGCUUCUCCUUCUCAUCAUGGCCAUCAUCAAACACAACAGCAGAACAUCACUUUCUCUACUUCAUCCCAAAACGUGAUCAGCAGCAAUAAUCUCCAUGCUCCUCCUAUGAAGCAAGAAGAGUCACAUCAUCACUUCCAAAACAUCCCUCCUUGGCUUGCUUCAUCGAACCCUAAUAACCCUAAUGGCAGCAGCAAUAAUGGUAAUUUGUUCCCUCCUCUUGCUUCUUCUGCACCCACCGGACGAUCCAACUUUCACCACCCGUCGGCGGCUAUGUCAGCCACGGCUUUGCUCCAGAAAGCUGCUCAAAUGGGUUCCAAGAAGUCAAGUACAGCUCCAGAGGAAGAAGAGAAGCCGUCAAGGUCAAGCUAUAAUAACUUGAUCACGACUACGAUGGCCGAGAUGAUGACUUCACCAUCUGGACCAGCUGGAUUCGGGUUCCAAGACUAUUACAUGAUGAAUCAUCACGGCGGAGGUGGAGAAGAAGCUUUCAACGGUGGUUUUGUAGCCGGAGACGACAAGAACGACGUCGUGGACGACGGUGGAGGAGAGACGAGGGAUUUCUUGGGGCUAAGGUCGUUAAUGUCUCAUAAUGAGAUUCUAAGCUUCGCUAAUAAUCUUGGCAACUGUCUCAACAGUUCUGCUUCAGAGGAACAACAACAUAGCCACCAAGAUUAAUAUAUUAUCUAAAGUAUAUGUAUAGAGACUUUUCUAUAAAAUUAGUUUAAAUCAAACAUAUAUGUUGAAAGGAGAACUGUCACGGACGGUGCAAGCAAGUUUAUACCAACAAAAAAAAAGGAAAAUUAAUUACGAUUCGCCUA